AUGGUCAGGACUGGCCAGCUGGAAGCAAAGAAGCGGAGAGAGCAAAUUCUGAGUUUGCAAGUGGAUGGCGCGGGGCUUUCAGUGCGUUCAAGGGGGGACCUGCAAGCCCGUGUUAUGAUCCACAAAUUAUGCAGAAACUACAUGGCCAACCUUUGCUGCGAGCACGACUUCGCAGGCAAACUCCUGACCUAUGGUGACUUUGGCCCAGCUGCCGCCUGGAAACACACAAGGCUGACUCAUUCCCAAUUCAUUGAGUUGAACCCGCCCAACAAGCAGACCGCAUGGGUGGCUGUACCUGGAUGGCGCAAAGAGAGGAACUUAGAUGAUUUGAUGCAUACGCUGCAUUUGGGAGUCGCCCUGUGUGUGAUUCCUGGUCUCAUCAUCGACCAUCUUAUCCGGACCAACCCUGCAAUUACACUGGAUAGACUUGAACGGUCCCUUUUGCACGCAUACUGGCACCACCGAGCAUGGUGCAAGGAGAACCGCGUGCCCUACGCACCGCUGAGAUUCAAUUUGGCCAGGUUUGGGAAAGAGAGCUGGGGUGAGAAACCCGAGCUCACCACGCAAUACAAAGCGAUGAUUGUCAAGCAUUUGAUUUACUGGUCGCAUGCGUGGUUGACGGAGGAAGGUGCUGAGAGUGAUAUUUUGUGCACUUCGUUUGCGUUGGCGCAGUUUCAAUACAAGUUGGAUACUUCCCCAGAUUGGCUUAGUCCAAAUGACAAGCGGGAAACAGUGGACGCAGGCUUUGCCUUCCUUCAAUUCUACCAACGGUUGGCUUUCAAGAAUUUACGCAGUCCAAAGCAGCAAUACAAGCUGACCCCAAAGUUUCACUACUUCUGCCAUUUGGUGGAGUACAUCGACAAAAGUGCUCGGAAUGUGCGGUAUGAACAUUGCUACGCAGAUGAAUCCUUGAUGGGACAAAUGGCAAGGAUUUGCAAUAAGUGCCACGCCCUCACUUUAGAGAGGACUGCUAUGCACAGGUAUCGAGUCAUGCUCGAUUUGAUCGUCUUGGGCUCGGACCAAGAUGAUCCCGAGGGCCCUUGA